UUAUCCACUCCAUGCCAGUUUACAGCAACCACUCCCCUCUCCUCUCUAUCCCACUCUCUCAGCAGACUAAGUGGUUGGUAAGAAGCCAGGUCAGCAGUGUUCGAACUCUUUUGAAAGCAUGGCAAACAUGUGCGUGAAUCACUACUACCACCCGACACCCGCUUUAAAACUACCCCCGAGAAUCCAUUCCUUAGCUCUGAUGACGUCAAGUAAGAAUGAAAAUACCCGAAGCGAGGAGUAGUUGUUGAGCAGAGUCUCCCACCCGUGUGUUUAUCACCAGUCGAACUCGCGCAGGUGUUCAUUAGUUUCUCACCGGCGACGCGGGCAGUAGGAGGGCGGGCAGGUGAGAAUCAAAGAAGCAGCUCCCAGUGGUGUACGUGUUCUUACGGCAACAAACCUUGAACUGUACACCUUCCAACUUCAACAAUGGGACAGGUUGCGAGGAACAUAACACAAGAUUGGUAGCAACGUCCGGAGUUCGCAUGGGGGACUUGGAUCGCAGAUACUGGGGAAGGUUGUGGGAUGGGCUGUUAGCCUGCUGUGAACAUCGUGCCUCCAUGCACGUGACAUGAAUAACGUUACCAAUAUCAGCUUCGAGAAUUUCAUCGAUUUCAGGAUUUAUUUGUGAUCCCAUGGCGUGAUAUUAAUGACAGUUCGAAUAGUGUCUGGCAAGAAUGAAGAGAUCAAUAUACAGACUGAUAAGCCAGCGCAGGGCAACUCAACGAUAACCAGAAUUCAGUAGAGCGCUGCAGUUCAUGGAAUUACCCAGGGAAGGAAGGGAGCCGGGGAGAGAGAGAGACGAAUACAAACGAGCGAUUAAAGAUCAUGUUGAUGAGAUAUCAUUUGUUUAAGAAGGAGAAAUCACACGACUUGAACUGGCGAUCGCAAACUGUCGAGGAAACUCCAGUUGGCCAGGACCUGGAGAAGAUUUGAGACCUACCAGAAUCACGUGAUCACAUGACGUUACAGUAGUUAUCGAUGAGCUGCGUUAUCACGUGACUUUUCUGUGUCUCCGAUCUUCGUCGUAAUAAUACUUCGUGCUAGCCAGUGACCAUCGGGGAGAUGAUGACGCUGUAACCGUUGUGGGGGAACCUGCCCGAUUGUGAUGACAUUGUACGCGUCAUUAUGACGUCAUUGAUUCGUAGAGCGGCCUGUUGUCGUCAUUAAUCCCAUCAGCCUUUUGAACGGGGAAAACUUGCAGAUGGAUCACGUGGUCGGUGUGGAACAAGACAGUGAGCAGGCCAAGGACUUGUGUACAAUCCGGGGUUCAUAACGAGGCAUAACGAGAGCCCUAUUCAUGCUGCAUGUACGAGCGGAGACGUUUCAGGUGUGACAGCAUGCAUUGAGGACACCACCCAGCCUCGAGCGCUGGUCAACAAGUACCACGAAGGCCUGACUCCGCUUCACGCAGCAGCGCUGAGCGGCAGUGCGCGUGCGUGUGACGUCAUGCGGGUCCUUCUGGAACAUGGCGCGGAAGUGAACGCGCAGACACUCGGCGACGAGAACACCGCCUUACAUCUCGUGGUAGAGAAUGGUGUCUUCCCGAGAGACUUCAAUAUCAUCGCUUUUCUCAUCGAGAAUGGCAUCAGUCUGUCUGUCCGAAACAGGAAACUGCGCACUGCUUACGACUGUGCCAUGGGGCUCGGACAUGAUGACGUCGCUGCGAUCACUGGAGGGGUCAGUGCCCGAGAGGUCAGGUGUGGAAUGUCUACAAAGAGAAGACUGGCCUCAGAUACGGACCCUGUAUCUCAGAAGCCGUGUUGAACAGCGAUCUCAAGAUGUUGGAGGAGGCUAUACGGCUCGGAGGGAAUCCAAACAUAAUUAACAAGCAUGGUGCUGCAGCUAUCCACUACGCGGUGACGCACUGCUCGCUCCCCGUGAUGGAUGUGCUGGAGAAGCUCGUGGAUGCCGGCGCUGACGUCAAUCUUCGAGAUGAUGAAGGGGACAACGUGUUGAACCUGGCUAUCAAGAACAAGCAACUCUGGGAAAAUGAGCAGAUGGCAGAAGUAGUUAUCUUCCUUCUCAACUGUGGCGCUGAGGCUUCCUUCAAAGAUCUGGACGGUAAAGAUGCGUUCGACCUGGCCGGCGAGAGGGGCUACCACGACAUCCUCGAGAUACUGAGGAGGCCACAAAUGACCCCGCGCCCUACGCAGGAAGAGGACCGAAUGGAACCCAUACCGGAAGAAGAGCCUGAAGCAAGUAUCACAUCCCUGACACCCGAGGAGGAAACAGAAGUCGAGAGCGAAGCUGAGGACAAACAGCCGGCGGCUGAUGUGAACACUCCAAACUCUGAGGGGCUGUAUCCGAUCCACCUGGCUGUACAGAAGGAGGAGUCGCAGGACAGGACAGUGGAAGUAGAUUCAGUCAUCCAGCAAGGCGCAAGGGUCAACCAGACCAUCGAGCAGACCGGAAACACUGCCUUGCACCUGUGCGCCGUCCUCAACCACAGCGACACUGCAGAUCAGCUUCUGCGCCAUGGUGUGGACCUCAGCCUGAAGAACAAGGACGGGAAAACGGCUUACGACCUGGCGAAAGAGAGAGGUCAUCGAGGUGUCAUGGCGGUGAUCGAGGCCAAACUAAAGGGGACGCAGGAUAAGAUGGAGACGGAGAAGGAGAAGGAGAAGAAGUCUGGUUCCUGUCACAUACUAUGAUAUUCGUAGCCUGACACAUACUGUGACACCCUGGCCUGACAGAUCUUGGUGCAGGUCUGUAGGUUACAGACUGAAAGUGUAACAGACUGAUGUAUCACAAUCAACAGACCUAGGUGAAUUCAUGGGAGACGCAGACGACACGGACUUGUGUGGCAAAACUGAUCUUUUUGUGCAUAAGUUCAUGGUGACAAACUUUGCUUGUGUAAUUAUUCGUUAUUUUACUUUUUGUCGUUCAUCCUCCAUCAAAACACGAUCAUUGUUACAUAUUAAUGAAAUUACCUGGUAUUUCUUCGUUCACCUGCAACGGAACACACACGCACGCACGCACAUGCCAGAUAAUGUCAGUCAUGUUUUUAUUCCUGCAGAUUUUUUUCUGAAGGACUACAGCAACCAAAACAAACAAAUAAAAAUCAAUGGAUGACAAUAACUAGACAUUUGAAAAAAAAUGCAAGAUACUUUACAAGAUUUGUGUACUUCAGUGUGUGCAAUAUGAUGUCAAUACAUUUUUCUCUUACUUCUUUGAUUUUUUUGUGAUGAAAAUAAAAGAGAAAGAACUGAGUCUUCCCUCUUUUACCUUUGCGAUAUUGUGACUAUUGUGUUGUAAACGCUUGAGACUCCAGUACAACCGAUGUUGCGUACAGCGCUUCGUUACAAGGGAGACAAUUCAUGAAAACUGGAUCAUCCUCAUGCCUC